GAAGGAAGGAGUAGCCUCUCUCCAAGAUGGCGGCGACCAUAGACAACAGCAAUGCCGUACAGGCGACAAAGAAAAAGCACCUCGGGAUCCCCGAAGCUGUAUUUGUGGAGGACGUCGACUCUUUUAUGAAGCAGCCGGGCAACGAGACGGCAGACGCAGCACUGAGAAAGCUGGACGAACAGUACCAGAAAUAUAAAUACAUGGAGCUCAACCUGUCUCAGAAGAAACUCAGGUUGAACAACCAGAUCCCACAAAUCACACAGACACUAGAAAUCCUCCGACACAUGCAGAUGAAAAAGGAGACCACAAAGCCCAUGGAGACACACUUCGUAUUGGCUGACAAUGUUUACUGCAAGGCUUCAGUGCCGCCCACCGACAAAGUCUGCCUAUGGUUAGGGGCUAACGUCAUGUUAGAGUACGACAUCGAUGAAGCGCAGGCUCUCCUAGAGAAGAAUCUAUCCACGGCCUCCCGUAACCUAGAGACACUCGAGGACGAUCUGGAUUUCCUGCGAGACCAGUUCACCACCACCGAAGUCAACAUGGCGCGAGUCUACAACUGGGACGUGAAGAGGAGGAGCAAAGAAAACCUCCUCAAAUCAGCAGACAAGUCUUAAUAUCGACAGCACGGCGUCCACGUCCCCUCCUGCUAACGAUCUUCUCCUUAGUCAGAAACAGACAGACCCCCCAACUCAUGUGUAUGUUCACGCCAGAGCUCGACAGACAGGAGGGCGCCUGUCAGAGGUCUCCUCUGUCGCAGUGGGCUGAAUGAACGCGUGCACACUUCACCAUUCUGUGUUUGAUUAUAAAUAUGCCCCUCCGUCGACUUCCACCACUUCUCUUUUCUGUUGAUUUGUUACUUUUUAAAGUAUUUUUUCAAGUAAAUCUAACAAAAAAAAAACAAAAGACAACGAGGCAGUUUUUGUAUUCUUUUUAAUGAUUUCAGUAUGUUAUCUUUGGCAGAUUGUGAGUUAGGGUUCUCGCCAUUCGUCUUUUCUUCUCCUGCAUUUUCCCUCCUUAGUGACCUGCAACUGUGUUGGUUUGUUUUUUGUCCUCAAGCUCAAGCUGUUUGAGUUUUAACUUGAGUUGUUCAUUCUUGAAACGCACGGUUGCCAUCGUACUCUGUAGAAUCAGGCUUGUAGGAUGAUCACAACAGAAGACUGCAGAAUAUGACAAGGACUUUAAGGAGUUCAGAGGGAUCAAAUGUAGACCUGCUCCACACCUGCUCCUCCUCCUCCUCCGUCCCUUUGACUUUCCACACUCAACCACCUCUUCCUCUCCUCUCCGGUUCCUCCUCCUCCUCCUCCCCUUUUAGCCGCUGUUCUGCCUGUAUUUAUUUGUCUCUCACUGUAUUCAUUAAACGAUGACUGAAGUAAAAGAAGAACAUUUGGGCAAAGAGGUGAGACCUUUA